CUCUUGCACGAGCUCCGAGAGGGGCGGGGGAACGAAGCGCCGCCGCUGUUGCCAGCGCGGGCAGGCGGCAGGGAAGGGGGGCGUGGUCGGGGGGGAGCCGCUUGCUGGAGGGAAAGUCUCGGAGGCAGCGCGGGGGGCUCGCCCUGCACGGCUUUUCCCACCCCCGGGAAAGGGGGCCUGCUGCACGCCCCCCCCGCAAGCCCCGGUCAUGGACCCCAAGCCGCGUCUUUUCAAACGUUCGGCCUCCCCCGGCGGCGGCAGGAUCUGCUCCCCUCCGCCUGGCUUGACGUCAGCGGGAUCCUGCUGCUGCCCUGACAGCAGCCCCCAGGCAGCCGGCUUGUAUUGUGGGGUGGUCUCCGCCUGCAAGCCGCCGUCCUCCACCGCCCCCGCGGGCAGCAACGCCGUUUACACGGUGCUGGUGGAAGACGCGUCGCUCCGGAGGAGAACCCGGCGCAGGAGCUGCGAGGACGGCGCCGGCAGCAAAGGCAGGCUCCAGCUUUUACAGAAGAGCCCCAUUCACUGCAAUGGCAAGGCCUUGCCAGGGGAAGCUGAGCUGGUUAAUGGCCGACCAAGGCACCCUUCAGAUCCCUUGGUGCUGAAGCGGCCAGAGGAAGAGGCAGCGGCAUUGCGACUCCUGGACCAGACCCCCUUGCACCAUUCAGCUUACAUCCCAGUGCCCAGGCAAAGAAAACUGUCGGAGAAGGCGGGGAUUGAUGAGGUCACGGCAGCUGCAGUACUCACCAGCCUAUCAACCAGCCCUGUUGUGCUCAACAACCCGCCCAACGGCUUCAGCACAGCAGAAAGCAACUGUGACGCUUGGAAGGAAGGUCCGGCUAUGUCCUCCAGCUGCUGCAGCAGUGGCAGCAACAACAGCGGCGACUGGGGCUGGGACCCUCCGAGCGACCUCUCCACCCCCUCAACGCCAUCGCCACCACUCUCCUCAGACAUCGCAACAAGCUUCCUGUCUUCCCUGCAGUCGGACCUGGAGGAGACGGAAGCGACUCACUUCCUGUUCGGCGACCCCAUCCCCAGGAAGAGAAAGAACUCCACCAAGGUGAUGUUCAAGUGCUUAUGGAAGAACUGUGGGAAGGUGCUGAGCAGUUCCUCUGGGAUGCAGAAGCACAUCCGGACCAUCCAUCUCGGACGGAAGGCGGACCUGGAUCAGAGCGACGGGGAAGAAGACUUCUACUACACUGAGCUGGAUGUCAAUGUGGACUCCCUGACCGAUGGGUUGUCCAGCCUGACCCCCGUCUCCCCCACCUCCUCCGUGCCCCCCAUCUUCUCCAUCCUGGAGGAGGUACAGCAAACCCCCCCAAUUCCAUUCAAGCCAGAGGUUUCUGUGGUGUCUCAUGUGAACCCGUUGACACCCAUGACCAUCCUGAGCCAAUCAGCACCCACAAGUCUGUGCCACAUCCAAACUGACCACGCCUACCAGGCAACAGGUCCUACUGGCCUCCUGGCCGAUUUGAAAGCUCCGGCCACUGGGAUGGAAAUCAGCAUACCCUGGCAGCAGCAGGCCCUGUUCCCCCCUCCUCUGCCUCCGGUCCUUUUCAAGAGCCCUUCGGGCUGCCUGACUCCCAUCCGACCUGCUGACAUAGGAGAGAAGGUCCCUGCCAUGCCCGUCGCCAAAGGACACCCCUUGGUGCCCCCUUGCAUGCCAAAGCCCACCGCAGGCACGAGGAAACCGCGUGGUGAGGCCAAGAAGUGCCGCAAGGUGUACGGCAUGGAGAACCGCAACAUGUGGUGUACAGCCUGCCGCUGGAAGAAGGCUUGCCAGCGGUUUGUCGACUGAGCUGCGUCUUCCUCCUGCUGAGCUCCGAGACGCCGCCAGCCGCAGCUCCUUGUCCUUGCGCAUUUGCACCUCCGUGCCUUCCAGCCUGAUCUCCCUCGCCGUCCACCCCUUUCCCGGCGGCUCUCCCCCACCCCCCGGAGGCGGGGGGUUCACAUCCGUGCCUUGGCUCAGGAAAAAGGAGUGUCUGGUGUGGACAAUUGCGUUUGUUGCUUUGCUGAUGGAAGGGUGGAAGAAAUAAUGGCCCUUCCCCGGCUGUGCAUACCACCUGGAGCGCCGUCCGGGGCUUCUAAAUCCUAUGAUUGGAACCUCCCUGGCCUAGUUUUUUUUUUUUAAAUAUCUUUUUUAUACUUGCCACUGGCCGUAAUUGGGCUAAUGGCAACUUUACCCGUGUGCGCACAUGUGAAGACUGGGUCUUUCCCCUGUCCUUUUUUGAAAUAAGCUAUUUCUUUUCUGUUCUCUCUCCCACUGCCUGGACCACUGGUUCUUACCUCCCCUCACAGAGUGUCUAGCAGCCGUCGGGGUCUGAGACAGGGAAGAGCCAGCAGUGCCCUGUCCCUGCACGAAGAUGUGGCCGCUGGAUUGUAAAAGCCAACUCAGCCCAAGUUAAGCUAAGCUGGUGGUAGCUGUUUGUCUUUGCUUUAGGUGGAAAAGAGAGCCAAGAUGCUCUCUUCGCGAACGGGGAACAUGGACUUUUGUAUCUCUUUUUCCAUGGCUUUUUCUUUUCUUUUGGGGGGACUUUCUUGUUUUGGCCAAUGGUGAACAACGAAGCAGGCACUCGAAGGAAAGGAAAUGCCCUUUCUGCAGGCUUUCCCAUUUUUCACCUAUUCAGGUAUUAGUUGCAACAAAAGGUUGAGAAGUAGAAGGGUAUGUCCCCUUCUUGUUCAGUUUCUAGGUGCCAUGUCGGAUCACACAAACAUCACACAGGCAUGAUUGGAAGUACUGCCCAGUACCCCUGGGACCUGAGGUCUUUCUGCCCCUCGUGUCAUUGACCGAUCCCCCCCACUUCCCCAAUGUGAUGCCUGGAGAAGAAGGCUCUGCUGUAGGAAAUAUUCAGACAUUUGCAGUCUGGCUUAAGAACGGGCCCAUUUCGUGUGGCUGAAGGCCUUCGUUUCUUGCAAAGAAUAAGCUGUGCCCAGGACAGCCAGCGUGGUCUUUCCCACGGAGGCGGAAUGAAUUUGCAUUACAGUUUUCUCUGACCACAGACAGGAACGUUUCCAGAUGUGCAAUCCAGAGGUUCUCAAAAAAGAAACAGACCAGUGACAGAUCUGUUCUUGAAUUGCAGUAGCAAAAGGCAACUUUUUUUUUUUUUUGGUAAAUUUGGCAUGAAUCUGAAUUUUGGAAUCAGGUUUUGAGUUUGGUUCCACAUAGGUGGGGAAAGUUGCCAAAUGUCAGACGAUCAUUGAUAUGUUCUUGGGUUUUGCUUUUCCACUUUGUUCCUUUGCUUGUCUGAAAUGAUGCCGCUUAUUUUUGAGGGCCAUUGAGGGGAAGCCAGAACCCAGCUGUGGCGUGCUCUUCUGCACUUAAACGCAAGUGCACCGGGCAGUGACAUGAGUCCUUGAGAGCCUCAGCAGACAUUUUCUGGUGUCUGCCCAAUGUACCUGUCGCAUUCUUGCACAGUUUGCCCUGGGGCAUAGCUCUCCUGGGAAGUUCUCCUGUGCAAGUUGCCCAGGGGUGACAGGGUAGCGUUGUACCCUCAGCUUCUUAAUCUGAGUCAAUGACACUUUGGGAAUUUUAAGUAUUGCACAUGUAAAACCUGUCGAUAUUCUAACCAAAAUUUCAUACUUUCCCAUAAACGUUUAACUAGGCUGUU